GCAGCGUCAUCUUUCCAUAGCAACUUUCACUAUUUAUUUAAAUUGUUUUCAUUUUUUAUUAGCAACAAUUAUUAAGAAAACUGUCAACAUAUUCAUAUCUGACAGAUAAACAAUGUUAGACGAAUGGCUAACCUUAAUGUGAGGUUUUUACAUGAUUAAGCACAAUACAAUGUCUUGGGACACGGUAAAACAAAGUAUCACUUCCAACAAAAAGGAGGAGGUGAACGAGUCUAUCAGGCUUUUGAUAAAAAUCAGUGAGAACAUAAUCAACAACCCCGAAAAGCCGGACAUUAGGACAUUGAGAAAAUCUAACAAAACUAUUUCCUCCAAGGUAUUGGCCAUAAAUGGUGGCCUAGACUGUCUACAGUUGAUGGGAUUCAAAGAUGAAGGUGACAGCUUGACGAUGCCUUUCAAUAGCUCCCUGACACAUCUCAGGAUAGUUAAAAAUGAUCUACAGCUUCUGCAGCAGGAUAUCAUCAAUGGGGUUAUAGAGGUUGGAGAAAAAGUCAUUGUUACAGCUACCCAAGAGGAAAUUAUAAGACAGGUUGAAUUGCCUCCACUAGUUCAUAUUUUCACCAAUCCAUUUUUAAAGCACAUUGAAACACAGCAUCACCUAGCUUUAGUUUAUGAAGAUGAGACUUUACAGGAACGAGCUAGGAAACUGAUGCCAAUAGUAAGACUUGAAGAUAAAGCUGUUGAACAUUUACGAAAUAUUCAAAAGGAAAUCAAAAAAAAAAACAUAAAUGAUUUAAAUGUAUCUCUGCAAGAUAUAUUGAUAUUGGAACUUUUGGCCUGGUUUAAAAAUACUUUUUUCACUUGGGUUGAUACUUUGGACUGUUCUUCUUGUGGAGGAAAAACUAAAGUGUCACACACAAGCAAGGAUGAGAAGCUAUUGGUGUACACCCAAAGAGUUGAGAUGCACCAGUGCACAAUAUGCAAGCAGUUCACACCGUUUCCACGGUACAAUGAUUUGAAUAUUUUGUUGGAAACCAGAAAAGGGAGAUGCGGAGAAUGGGCGAAUACCUUCACAUUGUUCAGCAGAGCAAUGGGUUGGGAUGCCCGUUUGGUGGAGGCCAUAGACGAGGAUCACGUUUGGACCGAGGUGUAUUCAUUUUCCCAAAAACGUUGGUUGCACUGCGACCCAUGCGAGAACGUUUGUGACAGACCCCUCAUGUACGAAUGCGGUUGGGGCAAAAAGCUAAGUUAUGUGAUGGCGUAUUCUGGGGAAGAAGUCCAGGAUGUUACUUGGCGCUAUUCGGCACAACAUAAGCAGGUGUUGCAAAGGAGGAGAAAAUGUCACGAAAACGAGCUGGUGGACGCUUUAAUUCAACUCAGGACUAAGAGACAGGCCAAUUUGACAGAACCGAGAAGACAAUACCUGAUAAAGAGACUAUUGUUUGAGUUAUUGGAGUUUUUAAUUGAACAGAAGCCGAAUAAUGAGGAUUCUCAAGGGAGAACCUCCGGAAAUUUGGAAUGGAGAUUAGCGAGAAGUGAGAUUCAGUCUUAUGAGCCUUAUACCUGGAUUGUGGAUCAAGUACCACAAAAUUACGUAACAAUUAAAUAUUCAUCCUCUUUGGAUGUCUAUGAAUUGUCAUAUGAUGAUGAUGUUAAAGUUAGCCUUAAAGGAUGGAGUGCUGGUGCAUAUUAUAUUGAAAAUGUGUUUAGAAAAGAGGAGACAGACUGGAAAAUGGUUUAUUUAUGUAGAACAGAAGGCAGUGAUAAAGCCACUAUAUCCUGGAAAUUCAAUGUCACUAGUGGCAUGGUUAUUGAUACAAUAGAUUUAACCUUUGACUGGACAGUUUUUGAAACAGGCAUCGUUGAAACCGUGAUUUCUGCUGAGAACCUAAUAAUACAGAUUUCCAAAGAUGUAAAAGCCAUAUCACAUAAAAUGUUGAGUGGGAAGACUGAGUUUAUCAUAAGUGCCAUUUUGAAAAAUGGAAAUGGUGAUAUGGCGUGGCAACAUACCCAACUCUUCCGACAAGCAAGCGACUGUGACAAAUUUCCCUUUAUUGUUAAAUUAACUUUCAGAGGUGCUUAGAAGAUUUUUAUGAGUUCAAAAUAUAUUCUUAUAUACGUUGAUUAUUUUUAUGUUUUUUUUUAUCGUCUUUAUAUUAGUGAGUUGAGUGAAGUGAUUUUAUUACAGUUUGUAUUCCGUCUUAUUUUAUGUGAUAAUGUAAAUGAAGCAAAAGUUCAUUAUUUUAUUUAAACUGUUUUAUAUUACGUUGUAAGUUUGCAAUAAAAUUUUAAUUUUUAAAA